AUGGCUUCUCUAAGUGAUUCGGUCAAGCUCCCAUGUGGUCUGGUUUUCCCUAACCGCCUCGUCAAGGCUGCAAUGGCCGAGAUGCUGGCCGGAUUCCAAAAUAUCCCUACCCCAUCUCUGAUCAAUGUCUAUGAUCAAUGGGCAAAGGGCGACUGGGGCGCUGUUCUGACAGGAAACGUACAAGUCGACGUGAACCACCUCGGAAACCCCUUUGACGUAGCCCUAUCAGGCGAGUACACCGACGCCGAGACGAACAAAGACCUGUUCGAGAAAUACCGCAAGUAUGCCGAAGUCUCGCAGGCCCACGGUACCCCGACUAUCGCCCAGCUCUGCCACCCGGGUCGGCAGUCUCCGCGUCCUGCAGGGCGUAGGGGCGUCUUUGCGUCUACCAUUGCGCCUAGCCCUCUUCCAUUGGAUAUGGGUGAUGGCUUUGUGCAGCGUUGGCUAGGCUGGUUUGCGUUUCCCCCACCGAGGGAGAUGACGCAGGCGGAUAUCGAUACCGUCACGAGGCAGUUUGUUGAUGCUGCGAGGCUGAUGGCUGACGCCGGUUUCUCGGGUAUUGAGUUGCAUGGAGCGCAUGGGUACUUGAUUGACCAGUUCCUUAACCCUAAGAGCAACGUCCGCACCGAUGCCUACGGUGGCAGCGCCGCGAACCGCGCCAAAUUCGUCCUCGACAUCCUCCAGCAAACACGAGCCGUCGUGCCCUCCCAUUUCUGCAUCGGCAUCAAAUUUAACUCGGCGGAUCACACCUCGUCCAGCUUCGAAGACACCAUGACACAGAUUGGCCUCCUCGCCGAUGCGGGGAUUGACUUCAUCGAGAUUAGCGGUGGCAGCUAUGAAGACCCCAAAAUGUUCACUGCCGGCCAACAACAACCGCAACCAGAGAAAUCUGCGCGCACUGCCGCACGCGAAGCCUUCUUCCUGGAAUUUGCCGCUGCCGUGCGCACGCGCUAUCCAUCCCUAAUUCUAAUGCUAACAGGCGGUUUUCGCUCUCGCGCGGGUGCACACUAUGCCCUCUCCCAGAAUGCGUGCGACCUCGUGGGCAUCGGGCGCCCUGCAGCGAUUGACCCGCACUUCUCGAAGUUGUUGCUGGAUGAUAGUAUUGAGGAGAGUGAAGCGCAAUUGAAGCUGAACAAAAUCCCUUUGCCGUUCUGGGCCAAGAUGAUUCCGCUUGCUGCUAUUGGGGCUGGGGCAGAGAGUACGUAUUAUACGGGGCAGAUUCAGCGGAUUGCGAAGGGGUUGAAGACGAUUGUUCCGUUAUAA